AUGCGCAGCCUCCCCUUCAAUGUGCUGCGGGUGGCCCGCGGGGUGCAGCGCGAAGAGCCCACGGCGGCGGUGGCGCACCUGCAGCAGGAGCUGCUGCUGCGCGGUGUACGUACACCGCGCGACUUCCUGCUCAAGACCAACUUCCUCGACCUGCUCUUCUCCACCAGCGUCCUCGAGGAGGCCUUUCUGCAGCUGGACGUUCUGGAGGAGUUCGUCCGCAACUGGGAGGCCUACCGCGGCGGCCAGGUGGGGCCCCCCGCGAUCCCGGGGGCCCCCGGGGCCCCCGGGGCCCCCGAACUCCUCAAGACCCUCAGCAGCAAAAAGACCCCCCGCGAAAGGGCCCCCAAGUGCCCCACGCUUCUCUGCUUCGUCGACAGCGUCUGGGCCCAGCGCGCGGAGCACCCGCUGGACCGGCAGCAGCAGCAGAAGACGGAGAAGGGCGAGGAGGUCCCCAAGGAGCCUUCCAGCGAGGCUUUUGCGGAGCUGCAGUUCAGGAAGACUUCCUCGAACUUCCUCAGAGUCGUCGCCGUCGGCAACACCAACGGCGCCGCCUACGGGGGCCCCGGGGGCCCCCGGGGCCCCUGGGGGGCCCUCAAGCGCGGCCUCCGCCUCACCGAACUCGAAGACACUGUCCAGGCUCUCCGCAAGUUCCACCAGGAACACAACGUCGACGUUGCCCUCGGACUUGGCGACUUUUUGAAGCCUCCGGGCGCCUUCUCCGUGGCCGACGAGGCCUUCAGGACCAGGUGGCACGACAUCUUCGUCCGAGACGGGGGCCUGGACAUUCCGUGGUACAUGGUGAACGGCGAGGCGGAGGGCGCGCUGAGCAGCUCGAGCUGCUAUCGCUUCCACUACAGCCGCCGCGACGCGAACUUCCACAACCCGCGCUGGCUGCACAAGGCCGUCUGGACCUUCGCAGCAAACCUCACCACUGCCGCGGGGGCCCCCCAGGACGUCGAGUUCACCGUCCACCUCAUUUCCAUCGACACCUGGACCCUCUUCGGGGGCACGCCCUUCCUGGACAACCUGAGUCGGUACCAGAGCAACAUGAUAGCGCUGAGCAACGCGCUGUUCCACUCCGCGAAGGCGAAGGCGGACUGGAUAAUCGUGCAGGGCCACCACCCGCUGACGUCGACGGGCCCGGAGGCGGAGGAGGCGCGGGUGGCGUACAUCGAAGACCUGGUGAAGAACGGGCGGCCGCGGGGCCCGGAGCACCGGCUGGUGGACCUGCUGACGAACUACCAAGUAGACGCGUACAUAUCGGGGCACGACCACGCGCUGGAGUACGUGUCGCUGACGGACCUGGACAAGAACAGCACGCUGGCGUUCAUCACGAGCGGCGGCGGGACGCGGGUGAUGGGCGGGGCGGCGGGCCGCGGCUGGCUGGGGCUGCUGCGCGGGAAGCUGUUCCCCGUGCUGUGCUGGGCGGGGAAGCGGAUCUUCUACAAGCUGGACCCGGGGGGCUGCAGGCCCUCGGAGAAGGACCAGGCGCUGGCGUACAAGUUCUACGCGCCGCACGGCGCCAGCUGGCGCCUCAGCGUGAAGGAGCGCGUGCUGAACGCGACGGGCUUCGCGGCGCUGCAGCUUUCCAGGGACUUUCUGGUGGUGGACUUCGUGGACGGCCGCUCGGGGCGGCCCACGGGCCGCCGGCUGCACAAGCGCAGCAACCGCGAGGCGCGCGCGGCCAAUGGCUGCGAGCUGAGAAUUUGCUGCGGGGAGAAAGGGGAGUUUUAUUUCCUGUCGGAUGGUCUCGUUUGUCGAGUUUGGGAAAGGCCCGGACUGCUGUGGUGUACAUACACGGCUUCAACGUCACGCUCGAGCAGAGACAUUCUAGAAGAAAUUCUGGACCCUUCCGACGCCUUGGGAGCCUACGAGGGGCCCCCGCGGGGCCCCACAGGGGCCCCACAGGGGCCCCCGGGGGGGCCCCCGGGGGCCCCACAGGGGGCCCCCAGGGGGGCCCCCGGGGGGGCCCCCGGGGGCCCCAAGAAGAUGCGAGUUUUGUCAAUUGUGAUGCUGAGUCCAGAUUAUCCUUUGAAGAAGUUUGUGGGGAAAAGUUAUUCGAUUUCUCGUCGAUUUUGUUCUUUUAUUUCCAUUUAUGGAGACACUAGGGACCAGGCCCUCGCCUUUUCAGAAUUGUACAACAGAGAGCCCUGCAUGGGAAAAAGACUUUUUUGUCUUCACUCAGGAUCAAAAGAAAAUGAAAAUAAAAAUGAAAAAAGCAAAACAAGAAACUCAAACUCGCAGCAGCAGUUGCUGCUGCAGCAGCAGCAGCAGUUGCUGCAGCAGCAGCAGGACGCAGGCGCUGCUGCGCCCAAAGUGCCAGUAGCAGCAGCAACAGCAGCAGAAGAAGCACCGGUAGAAGCAGCAGCAGCAGCAGUUCCAGUUGACGCAGCAGCAGCAGCAGCAGCAGAAGCAGCACCAGCAGCAGCAGCAGCAGCAGCAACGGAGUCAAAUUGGCUCGACUUGGAUGUAAUAGACACCACCUUUGUAGAGGGACAUAUGGACUUCUUAAAACAUUCUAUUUAUCAAGCAAAUCGCGAAGUCAUGGACGACAUUCGCGAAGUCAUCGUGAAGGGCGCGCGGGCGAGCGCGCGCCGCGCGCGCCUCGAGCGACGCAGGGGAAAUGUCUUCUGCUUCCGCGUCGCCCCCGCGGCAGUCCGCAGUCUCUACGGAUAG